AUGGCUAACAAUCAGAAUACUAGACCUGUUCGAGCUCUCCCAAGUGAUACAGAGAAAAAUACUCAAGUCAAUGCAGUGACGUUGACAAAUGGGAGAGAGUUGGUAGAAGUGCCUAAGAAGAAAAAGGAGCAGUCUGGGCUGGAAGAAGAAAGAGUGUCAAAACUUGUAGAGGUAGAUGAGAGAAACAAAACAGAGUAUGAGCACAUAUCAGAGAGGAUACAUUUGAACAUCCCUUUGGUGGACAUGCUCCGUGAGGUCCCAAAAUAUGCAAAAUAUAUUAAGGAUAUAGUGGCAAACAAAAGGAGGUUAACUGAGUUCGAGACCGUCGCACUUACUGUGGAGUGCACUUCCAGGAUUCAACAAAAGCUUCCACAAAACCUUAAGGAUCCGACUAGUUUUACCAUCCCCAUGAGGAUUGGUGAAAUUGAUGUGGGUACAGCCUUUUGUGAUUUGGGUGCAAGUAUCAAUCUGAUGCCGUUGUCAUUAUUCCAACAAUUGGGCUUAAGAGCUCCGAGACCCACCACGAUGAUGCUACCGUUAGCUGAUAUAUCUUAUGUUUAUCCUGAGGGGGUAAUUGAGGACGUCUUACUGCAAAUCGGGAAGUUUAUUUUCCCUGCAGAUUUUAUCAUCCUGGACUACGUGGCUGAUGAGUUAAUUCCUAACAUCUUGGGGUGA